AUGAAAAGAGUAGGGGUCAAGUGCCUCGAUGUCGGCUCGCGGAUCCUAGCAGGAAGUCUGACUCUGCGGGGUGCUGCUGAAGCACUGGCCAUCUUCGAGAACUUUGCUGUUGGCUCAGAGUACUCGAGAGAGAACACGUCACUAGUAUACUACAAAGGUCUUCAAGAAUAUUUGAUCACAAAGACAAAGAGGCAGAUGCUUGAUGGGAAGUAA